AUGAGGACGUUAAUGUUGACGGUCGCUUUAGCAGCUUUAUUUUAUUCUUACGUAUAUGCAUUUCAGAUUUCUUUAGAUUCGUCCGGCAUUUCAUAUAAUCUUGAUACUUUUGAAGAUCCAGUAAGGGAAAAGCGGCAAGUGGAAAUUUUCGAUGACGAGUAUCCAACAGCUGUGAGUCAGAAUGAAGAAGAGGAGCCUGGCUUUUGGGAUAGAAUAGUAAAAGUAGCUCUUAAGAUAUUUAGUAAAUUUAUCGAAUGGCUAAAUUCGUAA